AUGGCGUCAGAUGUAUCAAAGGAAAAUAUAUCACAACUUAAGUAUGAAGGUCAAGCACCCAACGACCUAAAAAUUAACAAAUGGAUUGCCCUUGUAUUAUAUGCCAUAGUGGCAUCUGUUGCUACUUUUGUACAUGGUGGAUUUAGUGGAUGGCAACCGAUUAUAUAUAAAACAGGUGCUUUUUCAGAAUUAUGUAAAGAAGGUGAUGAAGUACAGAUUUUUAAAGUAGACGAGAAUAUAUCAUAUAAUUCUUGUGGUAAUAGAGAUGCAGCUAUAAAUAAUUUAUUUACAUUAUCCUUCUUUUUACAUUUUUUCUUAUCAUCAAUGAGUGGAUUUAUAUUAGAUACGUUUGGUGAAAAAGUAUGUUUCUUAUGUGGACAAAUUAUUUUAGCUUUAGCCUUUUUUUCUUUAGCCAUUUUAAAAUUCUCAUACGUAUGGUAUAUAUUCUUUUUUUUAUUGGGUGUAUCAGCAGAUUUGUCUUUUAUACCAUUAUUAAAAAUAUCGAAAUAUUUUCCAGGACAAGAAUCCUUAAUUUUUGGAAUCUUGGGUUCAGCGAGAUCUACUGGAUUUGCUGUAGGUUUAUUAUUGAAAAUUGCUUUUUUCUAUUUGUUUAAUUUUGGUAAUAAUGAAUUUUAUAUAUUAUGUGUAAUAUAUUUAUGUACAUGUAUAUUAUUCUCAUUUCUUGUUGGUAUAUUUAUUAUGCCUGGAAAGAGUACUAAUAAUAAAUCUACUAUGCAAGGACAAGAUAAUAUACAAAUUAAUAGUGAACGUGCUACCGGAUCAUCGAUGACAGAUAAGAAAAAUAAUAAUAAUAAUAAUAAUAAUAAUAAUAAUGGUAUAUUCCAAGAAAUGGAAAAUUUAGAAAGUGGUAAAAGAUCAUCAAUUAAUAUAUCAGACAGAAAUUCAUUAUCUAAACCUCAAAAUAAUAAUAAUAAUAAUACGUCCCUUUUAGAAUAUAUCAAAUCUUUAUGGGCACAUCCACAAAAAUGGGAAUAUUUAAUAACAGUUUUUAUAUGUAGUUCAAGUAUGAUUAGAUUUGAUUAUUUUAUCAAAACAAAUAGAUCUUUCUUUAUGACCAAUGCAUAUGAUUUAACAACCGUCUUUUCUUUAUCAACAGUUCUGUCUUUUUUACCAUCUCCACUUUUUGGAUAUAUUAGUGGCAAAUUAGGUUCUGUUUAUGGAAUCUUAAUUAAUAAUUUGUUUAUACUAUUAACAUAUGUAUGUGUUUUAUUUAAUCCUAUCUUAUUCAAAUAUAUAGCCAUCUUUACAUUUUUCUUCUUCAUAUCAUUUGCUUUUUCAUGUUUCUACUGUUAUGUUGAUGAAAAAUAUUCAAAGGAACAUUUUGGAAAAUUGUGUGGUAUUAUGUUUGCCGUUAGUGCAAUAUGUUUGAGCAUCAACUUUUAUUUAACAUACCUUACAGAUGUUGUCUAUGCAAAACUCGGAGAAUUCAAACACAUGCCAGUCACCUACGGAUUGAACGUCUUGGGUCUUGUAUCCUUAAUAGGAUGUAUAUAUUUGAAGGUUACAGAAAAGAAGAAAAACAAAAACUAA